CCUUGGGCUGCAUUCCCAAACAACCAGACUCUGUAUCGUCACAAGCCCCGUAGUUUAACUCAGUUUGUGUUUACAAUAGCUUUAGCAUUCCCGCUAGCAGCAGCCUCAUAUUCGUUCCAAAAAUCUUUUGUAAUGCAGUUUUAAAUGGAUGCUGGGUUAGUGGUUUUGAAUGAGGAUGCUUUCUUUCCGCCUCGUGGAACUUCUGAGGUACAUGUUUCGCAGAUGGCGAGAGCGUCGUUUUUUUUUUUUUUUUAGUAACAGCCGCCAUUAUAUUCAACUACUUCUUGUCAUGUAACUCUGCCGCCUCAACCCCUCCUCCCUCAGGGGCUUCAGAGAGGGGAGGGGUUGAGGAGGCGGCGUGCUGAAUUCUUCGCUUGCGCACAUUUGGAGGCUAAAUCAAGUAUAUAAUUAUCGGAUUGCAUUAUCGGUUGAAUUUUUUUAUUAUCUGGAUUAUCUGUGUGACGUCAUAAUUGCCAUUAUCAGCCGAUAAUUAUCGGUGACCGAUGUUAUCGUGUAACUUUAUAAAAGAUAUUGUGCAACACUGAAUUUGAAUGAAAAUUCCAAAACAACUGUAUACAUCAUAGCAUCACUUCAAUCGAUUGGGUUGAUUAUUAUUACGAUGCAUAGGUUGUUAGUCAUGCGUUACAUUUACUAAGUUUACUUCAGUAGCUCUUCGAGAAAAAUGGCAGCGGCAAUUGUCUCUGAUGUCGAAUCCGGAAUUAAUAAACACUCUUGGCCUCAUAUACGUCCAUAGCAUGCACACCGUGUGAAAGAGUAAUGCGAUGUCAUCUGCAGAGGUGGGUAGUAACGCAUUACAUUUACUCCGUUACAUUUACUUGAGUAACUUUUUGAGAAAAAUGUACCUCUGGUCUUCUGCCUGCCACAAAAAAGAAACUGACUUUUUGACAAACUUGAAUUUGUUAUUAGUGUGUUUGUUUAUUAUUUAGAGAUUCCAAAUUUGCACAUAAUUUUAUCUUGUUGUCUGUCUGAUUACAUCGUUUUAAAAAUAAAUCAGACAUUUUAAGCAGUUACACAGUACUAGAAUAUUCUUUUCAUCAAAAACUUUUUUUUUUUUUUUUACUUGUUCUUGAUUAGAUUUUUGUAUGACUACUUUUGUUCUUGUUUGUUUUUUCAUUACUGUAACCACCUCUGUUGCUAUGACAAUGAGUAUGUACUGUAAGUGUGGCCAUUUUUGGCACUUAUUGGUGAAAGGCCAGAAGGAACAUUGUGGUAGUAUUGCUGCCCUAGAAGCAUCUGUGUGCAUUCAUCUUAAGUUAAUGGAUGGCUGAUGAAUUGGUUAUGUCUGGUAGUGUCCUGGUAUGCAGUGGCUACAUGAGCAACAGCAAUAAAUGCAAAUUCGCAAUGUGCCAUUUAAGGAAAAUGAGAAUGAUGUUAAAAAGCAAAACCGAAACGACAAAAUGAUAAAGCAAGGAAAAAAACUUUCAGUUACUGUUACCGUGGGAAAAACAAAUACUGGAGACUAAGUCACCUGUCUGUAAACAUAGUGACAAACACGUUUUAGAGGCGAAGACGCUACCAAUUAUACCCUGUGUGAUACAGUGCAGUAAAACAGUCUUUAUACAUGACAGUAAAGUAACUCCAUCCCUUAUUAAGACACUUUAUCUUGGAAAUUAAAUAAAUUCAACUUUUUAAUACCUCGUGUAGGCCUACAUAAAACAAACAAAUGGAAUAGGAGGGUUCAUAUUUUCGGAAUGGUAAAAUGUGCCAAUAAAUGCAACUACCAGCACUAAGUAAGCAGGCAAAUAGGCAUCAACUUAACCCAGUGCUACAAUGUUUUCUUGUGACAGAAAGCUGUUUAUGGCUUGACAAUUGAGAAUUUGCACAUUUUCUACUACGGUCUGAAAAGAGCAGAGGGAAAAAAAAAAAAAAAAAGUACGACCACCAGCCGGCUCACAUCCUAAACAUCUCAUCACACAGAACAGAAACAACAAAACAAUAAAGUAAGGAAAGAACAUUCAGUACUGUUACCGUGGGAGAAACAAAUACCGGAGACCAAGUCACCUGUCUGUAAAUAUAGCAACAAACGAGUUUUAGAAACAAAGACGCUACCAAUUAUACCUUGUGUGAUACACUGCUGUAAAACAGUCUUUAUACAUGACAGUAAAAUAACUUCAUCCCUUAUGAAGAAACUUUAUCUAGACAAUUAAAUAAAUUUAACUUUUUAAUACCUCGUGUAGGCCUACAUACUGUAAAACAAGCAAAUGAUAUAGUAGUUCCAUGGAAUAGUUCAUAUUUUCGGAAUGGUAAAAUGUGCCAAUAAAUGCAGCUACCAGCGCUAGGUGAGCAGGCAAAUCGGCAUCAACUUAACCCAGCUCUACAAUGUUUUCUUGUGAAAAAAAGCUGUUUAUGGCUUGACAAUUAACAAUGCACAUUUUCUACUAAGUUCUGGAAACCGGCCAGCUCGCAUCCUAAAUAUCUCAUCAGCCGAGAAACAUUAAAAGCACAACCGAUUAACGCACAUGCCCUCUAAUAGCUAACUCUGAACCUACAGGCAAUAAUAAGUCUGCAGUUAAUUAAUGUAAUUUAUCAGCCCAUAGCCAAAAACUAAAAAUUGAGCUGCCUCCGAGGAUCAAUAUGUGUACUACACCUCGGGAAUAUAGCCACCAAAAUUGUGAUCUGUCCAUGAAUAAUGGCAUAGCAAAGAACAACAACCACAAAGCAAGCAAGUUUUUGAGACCUGCCUACGGGCGGUUAAAAAAACAAACAAACAAAUCAACUUUACAUCAAAUGAAGAGUAAGUGAAUCUAUUCAGAAACAUUUCAUAGUGUGUAGGUCAUUUGCGAAGGCACAGUUUUUGUCACUCACUUCACUGGACAUUGUUUUGAUGUCUCUAUUAAGAAUGAGUAUUGUGUAAUGUAAUAAGAGGGAAUUUUUGUGCAGGUUUUGGUAAAAUUGUGUAUUGUGAAUUAUUGCCAUUAGGAGUAGUUGUGGAAUUGUUUCUUGAUUGAUUAAUCGACAGGAUAAAAACAUCUCCGGUAACAACGAAUGACUUGAUGAAAAAUGUUUAAAAGUUUUUUACGGAGUGUUAUACGCACCUAUGCAUGAUGACACACAUCAACCCACAAAGCGUACUGUAUCUCUCAGAGUCCCUGGUUUUAUUAUAUGGCGGAAAACACAGGUGACUUGUUCCGCUCUGAGACCCCCAAUUUGGCCAACUUUCAAAAUUGUCUGAUAUGCAGGUGUGAUACAUCAUUGGAAAGCUUAAAACCUCAAUUUUCUAGGGGAAGAAACAUUUUGAACAGGAGGGCAUUUAAAAAAAAAUAAAUAAAAAUAAACAGCAAAACCCAAACUGGAGGCAAGAGCAUGCGAGAGCAGAAUUAAAGACGCCACGAUUUUAACGAGAUAUUAUCGCAUACCUGACUUGUUUCGAUCAAAAAAACUCCAUGUAGCGUAUGUAACCGAGUGUGAAGACACGAAUGUGAAGGGCCACAGCUGUUUUUUAUUUUAUUUUUUUGGUAUUUUAUGGGUGAAACAUGGUCAUAUAACAAGGGUCGCGAUGCAGGAAUGGCAGAAAUCAAAAACAUUUUUUUUUUUCCUUCCAACUUUUCUUUGUUUGGAUCGAUUAUUUAUCAUCUAAAGUAUAUGCGAAAGUAACGGGAAAAAAAUGCAAUUAAGCGAUAGUUAUGAGUUAGAUAUCCGUGACUUUUUUACAGACGCUAAUUUUUUCUUUGUGAUGUAAUGUUUAAAAUAUGCGAGUGAAUAAUUUUUUAGUUUUUUUUUGUUGUUUUUUUUUUCACUAAAUAUUAGACAUCAAUUAAUGAGUCUAAGCUAAAAAUGACAGACAUUUCAGAUAAUAAAUACGAUUACUUCUUUUUAUGGCUAGGUUGAAACAAAAGCGGUUGCGCGACGUUUGUAAACGGAGGUUUCCAGCGUAAAAUGGACAAUUAAAAAUAGUUUGGGGACUUGAUGCGCCAUGAAUUUGCUAUGGCAGCAUAUAGACAUAUUCUAUCAAACACAAGUUUUUUGGGCUUAAAAAUACAGCAGUUUAUUUUAAAAAGUGGUGCAAGAGCAGAAACUGCUUUUUCAGCCUUGUCUGUGUUUUCUGCCAUAUCUAACUGGUACAUGUUUUGUCUAAUAACAACUCUUACUCAGGUGUUCUCGGGUCCUGUCGUGGGGGAUAAAAGACUGAAAUGGUGGAAAAAUAAGAGGAAGACCAAAGUGGUCCAAAUACACCUGCUCUUUAAGACAGCAAUUAAAAUGAUUUAGCCUUCGUUUUAAUUUGAUUGUAAAUAUUGAAAAGUGUCAACAUGUUCUGAAAAACAAAUUUGUCCCUACUUGUAUGUUUGGGGUUGUGUGCAGGUUACCUCAACAACAGGAAUUAGUUUAUUUUUAACUAAUGUAAAUGCAGGCUACUUUAGACCCCCCCCCCAAUCAAAGUACAGUGUGAGCAAGAAGAUACGCUUGACAGUGUCUUCAAACUCAGUUAUAACGCUCCGCAUUUUUGGGAACUAUGUGAUGUUAUUAGAAUAUAAACUGUGCGUUCGUUUUUUGGUGAUAAUAGCUGGCUUUUUUCAUUAAAAAAAAAAAUUGCAAUACGUUGUUGAUACAGUAAGGCCGAAAGGGGCGCAUGUAAGUGACGUUUUAAUAUUGGCGGUGGGGGGAGGUGGGGGUCAUAUGGUGACGUCGCACAAACAUGGCGGCACAGCGACUAGCGGAGUAACUUACUUUAUUGCUCGGCAUUGAUAAUUUAACCAGGUCGCCUGGAGUCCGCUCGACUUUGUCUUUCUGCACGCUUGACACGACGCUCGGGCAGGAUGAGUACAGUUUAAAGCUUGUGAGCAGUAGCAGUUUCGUCAAAAUGGGCAUCAAGAAUAAGGCAACAGAAGAGUACGAUGGGGAGCGGCGUCUCAUCAGUGCAUCGUCCUCGGACCACUUGUCUCGGCUAACCCCCACUCAGCCCUUCGUCUAUGUACUAGCCUUCUUCUCAGCCCUGGGUGGAUUCCUCUUUGGCUAUGACACCGGUGUGGUGUCAGGUGCGAUGCUGCUUCUUAAGCGAGAGAUGAACCUCAACACGCUGUGGCAGGAGUUGGUGGUGUCCAGCACGGUCGGUGCUGCGGCCAUCUCCAGUCUGGGCGGAGGCUUCUGCAAUGGACUGCUGGGGCGCAGGUUGUGCACUCUGCUGGCUAGUUUCAUCUUCACCAUCGGUGGAUUCAUCAUGACCUUCGCGCCUAACAAGGAGGUGCUCCUGGUGGGAAGGAUCAUCAUCGGUCUGGGCAUUGGCUUGGCAUCCAUGACUCUUCCUGUGUACAUUGCUGAGGUGUCGCCGCCUCACAUGCGAGGCCAGUUGGUCACCAUCAUCAUUGUGCUUGUCACCGCCGGACAGUUCAUUGCUUGCGUAGUGGAUGGCGCCUUCAGCUACAUGAGCCGUGAUGGCUGGAGGUACAUGUUGGGUCUGUCAGUACUGCCUUCCAUUGUUCAGUUCGUGGGCUUCAUUUUCCUGCCCGAGAGCCCCCGUUGGCUCCUGCAGAAGGGCCGUCAACAGGAGGCCCGUCAGGUCCUGACUCGAAUUCGAGGUUGCCAGGAAGUGGAUGAGGAGCUCGACUACAUCAGGACAAGCAUUGAAGAGGAAGAAAAGGAGCAGCAAGGAGGCGGACUCAUCAUCUUGCGCAUUCUCAAUCAUGGACCGACCCGCAGAGCUCUGAUCGUGGGGUGCGGCCUACAGAUGUUUCAGCAGCUGACGGGCAUCAACACAGUUAUGUACUACAGUGCCACCAUUCUGCAGAUGUCAGGUGUGCGCGAUGAGAAACGGGCCAUCUGGCUGUCGGCAGUCACAUCUGGGACCAACUUUGUGUGCACUUCCCUCAGCAUCUGGCUCGUGGACAGAGUCGGGCGCAGGAAGCUGACAGUGGCCAGCCUCGCGGGUACCGCUCUGAGUCUCACAGUGUUGUCAGUUGGCUUCUUACUGUCAGCGCAGUACUCUCCUGCUGUUACGCUGAAGCCACUUGACCCCCAUAACUCCUCCUGUGUAUUAUACGGCUCCUGUGGAGACUGCAUGUUGGACUCCGCUUGUGGCUUUUGCUACCGCGAGAACAGCAGCAGUGGUGUAUUUGAUUCCACCUGCCUGCCUGUCAAUCAACAUUCCACUGAACAUUCAGCAUGGGGACGGUGUGCCAACCAGACUGAGGCACCAGAGGGUCCAUUUUGGGCCUACAACUUCUGCCCUACAUCCUACUCUUGGGUUGUCCUGGCUGGUCUCCUCCUUUACCUGACUUUCUUUGCUCCAGGAAUGGGCCCCAUGCCUUGGACGAUCAACUCUGAGAUUUACCCGCUGUGGGCGCGGAGCACUGGAAAUGCCUGCUCAGCUGGAAUCAACUGGACCUUCAAUGUCAUCCUCUCCCUCACCUUUCUUCAUAUUGCUGAGAUGAUCACUUAUCAAGGCAUCUUCUUUGUGUACAUGGGCUUCACCGUGCUGGGCUUGAUUUUCGCGAUCGGCUGCCUGCCUGAGACGCAGGGACUUCAGCUUGAGGACAUCGAGAACCUGUUCACAGGCCCGUUCUGCUCCUGUGGCACGUCAGCUUCCCUCAACAAUCAGAACAUCCAGUACAUCCGGAAAAAUCCGGAAUUCAACCAAGUGGAUUACGGGACGGUGGGCUGCGAAAAUGGCAUAGCCUAUAUCACUGUAAGUUAAAACCAAAAAAUGGGAGUUAAAAAAAAAAAAGCACAAUAUUGUAUAGCAGUGAAGCACCUUGGCAAAGGUAGAACCACAUUUAAUUCCGUGGCUAUGCUGCUUUUCUGAAAUUUAUCUUUUUUUAUUUCCACAGCUAACAUGACCAACUUUGUGUACUGAGCACCUUUUUGCCACGUAGCCUUCACUUUGCAUGGACAGGUAGAAGAGUGGCUGUCACGUCCACAGUCUGACUUAGGCCUGGUUCACUCAGAUAAUUGGGCUGUUUUUGUCUGUUGUGCCCCUUCCGAAUCAAGGACAACAAACGGCAGAUUAUUUUACGUUUUACAGCAGACGAUUGUCAUAGAAGAUUAUCCUUUGGUCUUGAGCGGUGAUAAGGGGUCAUGGGGUUGGAAACAGGUUGGAUCAAAAAAGUUACAUUUGUUCAGUGUCUAUGACCAAAUAUCUGGGUGUGUAGGAAAUCCGGUCACUCUGGGGUUUAUUAAUUGUAAUGUGGAACACAAUUUAGACAACCAAGGAAGGGCCUAGACAUAGAAACAAGGAAACUGUAAAUAAAAUAAACUAUUAAUUAUAACAAUAAUGAAUAAAACUAAUGAAGUGGGUUCCACAGAUCGCAAAAGUCAUUCCGUUCUACAACACUCCAGUCCCUAGGGAAACACUCAGGUAACGUUGGCGCGUAUCCGUUAGGGUUUAAUUGAUCAUAAAUUAUCAUGCAAAAGAAGUUGUUUUGAGAUUGGUGAUGGAACAUAAUCUUUGUAGCAGGACUUAUGCUUUAAGACUGUCAGAACACAUUACACAUACUAAUAGCAUAUUUGUAAAAUUAGUUUUAUUUAUAUGUGUGUGUAUGUGAUAUAUAUAUAUAUAUAUAUAUAUAUACACACACAGUGGGGAGAAGUAUUUGAUACAGUAUUUGAUACACUGCCAAUGGGUUUUCCCAUUGGCAGUGUAUAAAAUACUUGUUCUCCCCACUGUAUAUGUUUGUAUGGGGUCCCUAACCUAAGCAAUCUUUUCAGAUUUGGAAAAACCAUUUGUGUGUGUGUAUGUGUGCGUCCGUACCAGGCCUUAAUAAACUAGACAUUACAUUCGGGUUGGGAAAAUGUUUGUGCUGUAAUUAUAGUACAUUGCCGUUUUUCAUAAUUAUAAAAUAUUUAAAAUGUAUUAAUCAAAUGUCAUUUUUUUAUUCAUUAUGUAAAUUUCAUUAAAAUUAUAUCCAUCUGGUUAAACUAGUACAAUAAAUAUUACUGUACUCUUGAUGUUUAUCAUAAUCAUUAGAUGAGCUGGAUCCAUGUGGCCCACCAGAUGGUAGUUUGCCCACUCCCGCAAAAAGGCAGUCCAGUCCUUUUUCUUUCAAAUAUCAGGACUAAUGUUAUGCAAAUGUCUUUCGUGACUUUUUUUUUUUUUUUUUUAUCAUAUUUGUUUUCAAUGUUUUCAAUUGUCAAAGAGGAGACUGAUAAAUUAUGUUUGUAUGUUUUUUUUUUAACAUGUUAAAUGGAUGAUAUUGGUAGUGUAGUGGGUCUCUUAAAAAGGCCCGAGCUCGAAGAUGUACAUGGAAAAAUGAGUUUUAAUACAUUUGCACAGCCAUGCAGUCUAAUAGCUUUAUGGUAUGAUAUGUUUUUGAUGAAAUAUUUUUGUAUACAUUAUCGCUGUUUAAGAAAAAUCACCAACAUUUGUGUUUACCCAUUUUGAGGGGGAUAAAAAUAAAACAUUGCAGGACUGUUUUUCUUUGGACAGUGACAAUCAUUUUAUUUUAAAUACAGUCAUACAUUAUAUUGUUUAAUUAUUCAUGUUGAAUUUUGUCUUGGGAAAUGUUUGAAAAGCAUCAAUCUUUUUUUUUUUUUUUUUUUUUUUUUUUUUUUUUUUUUAAUGUUUAAGAGUACAUUGUUCCUGAAGGUACUCCUGAAGGAAAAUAAAAGACAUUCUGUGUGUAGUUUUUAAGUUUGUGGCUGGUAUUUUUCUCCAUGGUAAUACAAAACAAAAGUAGGGUUGGAUGUGAGCAUUGCUUAAUUUGUAAAUCAUAAGAUCCCGGAACGCAAAGUACAUAUGCGCAGGGAUCAUGACAUGGGGACAGGUCCCGGAACAUAUGCAGAAAAUGGUGCUGAAAACAAAAUGCAAAUGCCCACUUGUAAUUUGGAUAAUCCUAUGGGACUUUUUUCUUUCUUUUCUCUGUGCUUUUCUGACUCGUUUUGAACCAUCUUCCUUCUUUUUGAAAAAAGUAAAUGCAACUGUCUGUUUUUUGCAUGUUGAGAUUCCAUUUGAUCCUGGCUGCUUGCUCCCCAGAUGCCGCAAAUUUCAAAGGUUUUUUGUUUUGUUUUUGUUGUUGUUGUUGUUGUUGUGUUUUUUUUUUU